UCCCGAUGAUAACGCAAGUGGAGUCCGAGCAGAGUCCGAUGGGAGAGGCAUUUGUUAUGGCUUUGGCGUAGUAGUGUUAGAAGGGUCGUGCAGCUAUGCUUUCAGACUGGAAUGAUGUUUAAACAGGGCAAAACAUUUGUAUAGGGACUUAGCGUAUGAGCAAUACUGGAAACACUCUGAAUAUUUGUUUCGUGUGGACUUUCAUGUGCAAUUUUAUUUUUUACGCAAAAUGUGUGUGCUAGCGGGCUAGUGCGUUGUUUGUUUUCGGUCUUCUUUAAGGUAAUUUAGAAUACAUAUCGCUAGCUACUUUAACAACGAACGCCAUCUAGCACGUUUAUUUUCUUUUGUCGCGUGCCCGCAGACCCUUUGGGCAAUGUUAUAUUGUAAUUUUCAUUCGCUGAAGUUAAACUAGUCACCUGUGUGGAACUUUAUAAGUAGCUAGCUAGCUAGCAACUUGUUAUAGUAUGAAGUAAUAUUGUACGUGGGGCUAGCUAAGAUCUUCAUGUAUUGUGCAUGGAAAUGCUGGCAGUGAUGGAUUGUACAUUACACUUUUGACUUUAUUGUGACUUGCAAUGGGACCGAACGAGGCCUGUCGACCAUUUAAACGGAUUCUCUUACGCAAAGACAAACUGCCAGAUCCCUGUGGUGUAAAACAGAUUGCAAGGUCUGAUUGUAAGCGACUUAAAAUACCUCGAAGUAGACUAAUGCCAUAACUGCCUCUUUAUUGGACUCACCGCUCCUAAGACGGCGUGGAGCAGUAGUGGCAAAGCCUGCCUUAUACCACAACCUCCUUCCUGUCAAAGAUGUGAAAGGGCCACUGCAGAGUCCUCCACCACAAACCGACAUCUGCAGCAUCAGUAGCCAUGGAUCGAGCAAAGCGCAACUCCAUAGCCAGCUUCCCCCUGCGACCUGACCGACCAGAGGAGCUGGAUGUGGGGGUGGGUGGGGUCGAAACAGGCCCAGCCCAGCUGGAAAGGGUGUGCCCCUCCUCCUACCGUGCCCUCAUCAGUGCCUUCUCUCGUCUGACGCGCCUGGAUGACUUCAUCUGUGAAUGGAUCGGCUCCGGCUUCUUCUCAGAAGUCUACAAGGUACGUCACAGAGCGUCCGACCAGGUGAUGGCUCUAAAAAUGAACAAGCUGAGCAGUAACCGGGCCAACAUGCUGCGCGAGGUCCAGCUGAUGAACCGCCUCUGCCAUCCCAACAUCCUCAGAUUCAUGGGUGUCUGUGUCCAGGAGGGUCAACUUCAUGCCCUGACAGAGUACAUAAACGGUGGCAACUUGGAGCAGCUGCUGGACAGCAGCAAGUACCUGAGCUGGGCUACGCGGGUGAAGCUGGGCUGUGAGAUUGCCAUGGGCCUGGGCUACCUGCACUCCAAAGGCAUCUUCCAUAGGGACCUUACAUCCAAGAACUGCCUGAUAAAGUCCGAUGAGAAUGGCUACACAGCGGUUGUUGGAGACUUUGGCCUGGCUGAGAAGAUCCCCAGUGAUGAUGCUGAAGGAGAGAAGCUGGCUGUGGUGGGAUCUCCAUAUUGGAUGGCACCAGAAGUGCUGAGAGACGAGCCUUACAAUGAGAAGGCAGAUGUCUUCUCCUAUGGCAUAGUCUUGUGUGAGGUUAUAGCACGCAUACAGGCCGACCCAGACUUCCUGCCUCGGACAGAGAACUUUGGCCUGGACUACCAUGCCUUUCAGCACAUGGUGGGAGACUGUCCUCCCGACUUCCUCCAAAUGGCAUUUGACUGCUGCAAUAUGGACCCGAAGCUCAGGCCCUCCUUCCCGGACAUCGUGAAGCGGAUGGAGGAGCUCUUGAGCCACCUGCGAGCCGAGGAGGCGGCGCAGGAGCGCAUUCACACCUCUGUCGAAGCCGACAAGAAGACCAUACCAAAAGGUCCAGGCGAUAAGCUUCAAGGUGUAAAGAGGUUAAAUACGCUGGGUUUCCAGGAUGACAAGAUUCCACCCAAGUCACCCCGUCCUCGUCGCAACAUUUGGCUCUCGCGCAGCCAAUCCGACGUGUUCUCCCGCAAGCCCGGUCGCAAAGUCAACGUGCAGGACCCUUACUACAACCCUGGACCUAGGGGCUCAGGACGAGGGGCACCCAAGAUUAACCCCUUCAAUGCUCGGGAGGACCUGAAGGGUGGCAAGAUCAAGUUCUUUGACGUGCCCAGCAAGUCGGUCUUUUCGCUCAUGUUCGACCGGCACUCUCCUCAGGGCGGCCUGAGGGGCCCACAGCAGCAGCUCCAGCCUGGAGCCGUCUCCACGGGCAACCCCUGCGGCCCCCUUCUCCCCGUGCCCUGGCCGGAGCCCUGGCAGCUGCCUGACCGACCGUGCCGAUCCCUACCGGUCUCCCCCCAGCUGCCCAUGAGCGAGGUCUUCUGCUCGGUCCCCGGCUCCUCCUCCUCCUGCAGGGCCGAGCAAGGGCAGCCGGGGAUGGAGGCGAAGGGAAAGCCCCUGGGGUGCUGGGCCAAGAAGUACGCCGUGACCGAGAUCCCUCCCUUCCGGCCGCGGGCCGAGCCAGACGGAGGGGAGGGAGGCACCGGCGAGGCCGAGGCCAUGGACUGCUCCAGCAGCAGGCCCAGCCCAGAGGUCGGCGGCGAGGCGCAGCAGCAGCAGCAGCAGCAGCGCGACGGCCUGCCCAACGGUAACGGGGCCUGUGAGGACAUGGAGGCCGAGGAUCAGGAGGGACCGAUGGUGGGACUGCCGCCUAUGCCUUCCUCGCCAGCCCUCACGCUCGACGUGUCCGUGCCGCCCCAGGAGCUGUGCCCCGUGGUCCUAGCGCCCAGCGAGCCACCGGGGCCCUCGGAUGGACUCUCGCGGUGCGAUAUCUGAUGACUCAGAGCAACGGGACUAAGCACCAGAGAGCCUUCUCCAAGCUAACUUAGGGAUAGUACUGCAGUCUUAAAAAAAAUGCAGAGAUUAUUUUUCACACAAAUCUUGAGUAUUUAAUAUUUUGGGAGAAAGAAAGAAAUACUUUGUGUAAAUAUAUGGCAACAAAGAAAUGUAAGCUUGGAUUUCUGGACUGAAAGGGGUCUGAAGUGAGACGUGGAGAACCAUUGUGUGAGGUAUAGGGUCCAGGACAAAUAUGUAGGGGUUUUCAGAAACUGCUUGUAACUGAAUGAACUGAAAUGAGCAGUGAGUUUUUUCGACACCAGACUGAUUGUUUGAAUGUAACAAGACAUUAACAUCCGUUACAAGCACUAUCAAUGAUUUUAUAUCCAACUCAGCACUUUCAAAGUUUGAUAUGUUAAGUGACAUAACCCUAUCCUGCUCACUUCCUGUUAACAGUUCAGUAAAUGGAGAUUUAGGGUAUAGCAGUUCAGUUUCCUAAAACGCUCGAGCACAGCACAUCACGACAGUCAUACAUUCCAGAAAACGGAUUACAUUCAUGAAGUCACCUCCCCAUCCUCCAAACCCUAAUAAGUUGAAGAAUUGAGUCCAAAUUGCAUAUUGGUCUGAUUGAUUGAUUGAUUGAUUGAUUAUAUAUGGAUUAUGUAAUGGCUCACAGUGCUGUCUUCACUAAGCACACUGAUAAUACACUGAACUGUGGAGGAUCGCUGAUUGUGUCUUAUUCGAGAUGAGACACUGUUGGCCUUAACCAGUCUCUCUGUCGUCACUCUCUGUGAAUGCCAUCAGAGGACGUUUGCUGGAGCACGUUGAUUGGUCAUGGCAUGGGGGGCGCUUUCACACGGUGGCACACUCUCCUUCUGGAUCCUUUGUCACAUCUUCAGCUGUGUCCUGUUCUGUAAAUUACUUACAUUUUAACUUGCACAUGAAAAGAUAAAUGAUUGGUGUAACUUUUUUUUGUUUGUUUUUCCCUGUCUAUUUUUGUUGUCACUACAUUUCUAUGCAAUGACUAUAUAAUAAGGCAGGCUAGUUUUACAGAGAAUCUAUUUUGAUAUUUAAAAGAAAUGUCUUAAAUCUGUGUCUACAAAAUUUGUGGAAAGCAUGUUAUUAAUGCAGCUUGGUUAAAGCGGGGAUUUUUGUCGAUGUAAAAAAAUCUGUUUUGUUGGAUACUUAUACAAUGCUUCUUUUUGUCCUGACUGUUUUGCGACCGUUUUUAACAGUAAUACAGAUGUAUAUUUUAACCAAAGACAGAUCAGGACAAUGUUUUCCGCUCAUCUGGCUUUAAUUUUAUAAAUGUACACACAUUAUAAAACUUGUAUAUCCAAUCGAUACAAAUAAAACAACUUUCUAUGUAA